UUGGGACUGGUCUCGGCGGCCUUCGCCUUCCUUGGCACGGAGGCCCGGACCACACCGAGCCCGUCGCUGAGCUCCGACAAUGCCACCUGUCCGGGCAACUCCAAGUGCACCCCCGGUAUCAUCUUACCUGUCUGGUACCCCGAGGACCCGUCCAUGGGUGACAAGAUCGCACGGGUCAUAGUGUAUUUUGUGGCUAUGAUCUACAUGUUCCUUGGAGUUUCCAUCAUCGCUGACCGCUUCAUGGCAGCCAUUGAAGUCAUCACGUCCCAGGAGAAGGAGGUGGUGAUCCGGAGGCCGAAUGGCGAGACCACCACGGCCACCAUCCGCGUGUGGAACGAGACUGUGUCCAACCUCACCCUCAUGGCGCUGGGUUCUUCCGCCCCGGAGAUCCUCCUGUCCAUCAUUGAGGUCUGCGGGCACGAGUUCAAAGCCGGAGAGCUGGGACCGUCUACAAUCGUGGGCAGCGCCGCUUUCAACAUGUUCGUCAUCAUAGGCCUGUGCGUGUCUGUAAUCCCCCAGGGGGAGGUCCGCAAAGUCAAGCACCUGCGGGUGUUCUUCAUCACGGCCGGCUGGAGCAUCUUUGCCUACAUAUGGCUCUAUAUGAUCCUGGCCGUGUUCUCGCCCAACGAGGUGCAGGUUUGGGAGGGUCUUCUGACGUUGGCUUUUUUCCCCAUUUGCGUCAUGCUGGCCUGGGUGGCCGACCGCCGCCUUCUUUUCUACAAGUUCAUGCGGCGGAAGUACCGCUCCGACAACCAUCGCGGGGUCAUCAUCGAGAACGAAGCAAAGCGCUCGUCCAAGGGCAUCGAAAUGGACGGGAAGAUGGUCAACUCCCACUUCUUGGACGGCGGCGUCAACCCGAUGGGCCCGACAGAGGGCAGGGAGGCGGACGAGUCCCGUCGCGACAUGAUCCGCAUCCUCAAGGACCUGAAGCAGAAGCACCCGGAGAAGGAGCUGGACCAGCUGGUGGAGAUGGCCAAUUACUAUGCGCUGUCCCACCAGCAGAAGAGCCGCGCCUUUUACCGCAUCCAAGCCACGCGCAUGAUGACGGGCGCGGGCAACAUCCUGAAGAAGCACGUGGCCGAACAGGCCAAGAGGUGCGCCAGCAUGGCGGAGGUGCAUGUGGACGAGCCUGAGGAGUACGUAUCUCGCGUGGCCUUCGAUCCCGGCGCCUACCAGUGCCUGGAGAACUGCGGCGCCGCCAUCCUCACCGUCACCCGGCGCGGCGGCGACAUGGGCAAGACCGUGUGCGUGGACUACAAGACGGAGGACGGCUCUGCCAACGCGGGCGCCGACUAUGAGUUCACUGAAGGCACGCUGGUCUUCAAGCCAGGCGAGACGCUCAAGGACAUCAGCGUGGGAAUUAUCGACGACGACAUCUUCGAGGAGGACGAGCACUUUUUCGUGCGCCUGAGCAACCUGCGCGUGCUGGAGACGGAGGAGGAGCUGCUGUCUGCUAACAGUCUGCCGUACCCCAAAGCGGCGUUGGGGUUUCCCGCCGUAGCCACCGUUACCAUCCUGGACGACGACCACGCCGGCAUCUUCACCUUCGAGAGCGGAGCGAUACAUAUCAGCGAAAGCGUCUGCGUUAUGGAGGUUAAGGUGUUGAGGACAUCGGGCGCUCGGGGCACGGUCAUUGUGCCUUACCGCACCGUGGAGGGGCUCGCUAAGGGAGGCGGUGAGGAUUUUGAGGACACGUACGGCGAGCUGGAGUUCAAAAACGACGAGACCUGCAAACUUAUUCACGUGAAAAUCAUCGACGACGAGGAGUACGAGAAGAACAAGAACUUCUUCCUGGAGCUGGCCGAGCCUCGCAUGGUGGAUAUGAGUCUCCAAAAAGGUGCGCUCAUCUCACGCUUCCUUUCUCGCUAUCCUCUCCAAAAGGCUGUAUUUUUGGUUCCUGUCCUUUGUCUCAUUUCACUCAUUUCGCAUUGCAUAAAAAAUAUCGUCACAAUCAAAGAGCGGCGUGAUGACAAGGUGCCUUUGACGACGGAGGAGGAGGAAGCCAAGCGCAUCGCCGAGAUGGGAAAGCCCAUUCUGGGCGAGCACGCCAAGAUGGAGGUCAUAAUCGAGGAGUCCUACGAGUUCAAGAGCACGGUGGACAAGCUGAUCAAGAAGACCAACCUGGCUCUGGUGGUGGGCACCAACUCGUGGAGAGAGCAGUUCAUGGAGGCCAUCACCGUCAGUGCAGGUACCGCAUUAGCAAUCGAUCCGGACGAGGACGACACGGGCGAGGAGCGUCUGCCGUCAUGCUUUGACUACGUCAUGCACUUCCUGACCGUCUUCUGGAAGGUGGUCUUUGCCUGCGUGCCGCCCACAGACUACCUGAACGGCUGGGCGUGCUUCGUUGUCUCCAUCGCCAUCAUCGGCCUGCUCACCGCCGUCAUCGGCGACCUGGCCUCGCACUUUGGCUGCACCGUCGGCCUCAAGGACUCGGUCACCGCCGUCGUCUUCGUGGCGCUCGGGACCUCCGUGCCAGACACGUUCGCCAGCAAGGUGGCCGCGGUGCAGGACACGUACGCCGACGCGUCCAUCGGCAACGUGACGGGCAGCAACGCAGUCAACGUGUUCCUGGGCAUCGGCCUGGCGUGGUCGGUGGCUGCCAUCUAUUGGCACAGCAAGGGCAAAGCCUUCAUGGUGGAGGCCGGCUCGCUGGCCUUUUCCGUCACGCUCUUCACCAUCUUCGCCUUCUUGGCCAUCAGCGCGCUGCUCUACCGGCGGCGGGCACACAUCGGGGGUGAGCUGGGCGGACCCCGCCGACACAGACUGGCCACGUCGGGCUUCUUCUUCAGCCUCUGGUUCCUCUACAUCCUCUUCUCUAGCCUGGAGGCCUACUGUCACAUAGAAGGCUUUUAG